AAUCAAGACCCAAGCAAAGACAUACCAUGAGCCUUGUAAGGAAUCCUGCACCAGGACUCAGCUGGGCUUUGCCAUUUCAGCCUUCAAUGGCGAGAAUCCCAGCUCCUGCAGCUCUAGCCGCUUCUCUGACUUUGUUCUUCUCAGGGGCAUGCGGCCAGACCUCAAGGGCUUUCCAGGAAAGCACCAUUCCCUUUGAGGUGCUUAGCCAAGGGCAAGCUUAUGGUCUUGUCCACCCAAGCCUCUUCCAGGAUGUCAAAUUUUCAAACCACUCCGAGAGUCUCCCCAGGAGCACUGAGACUGAGGCACCUCUGCUGCCUGUGUGUGUGAAGCCUGCAGAUAUUAGACACAUCUUCAAGUACAUUAACACCAUUGUGUCCUGCACCAUCUUCAUAGUGGGAAUCAUUGGGAAUUCCACGCUCCUGAGGAUCAUUUACAAGAACAAGUGCAUGAGGAAUGGACCAAAUGUCCUCAUUGCUAGCUUGGCCCUUGGGGACCUUCUCUACAUCCUCAUCGCUCUGCCCAUCAAUGUGUAUAAGCUCUUGGCAAAAGACUGGCCCUUUGGCGUGCAGGUGUGCAAGCUGGUCCCGUUCAUCCAGAAGGCAUCAGUGGGCAUCACAGUUCUCAGUCUUUGCGCCCUCAGCAUUGACAGGUACCGAGCAGUGGCUUCCUGGAGUCGGAUCCAGGGGAUCGGAAUUCCCAUGUGGAAGGCAGUUGAGGUGACGCUCAUCUGGGUAGUGGCCAUUGUGCUUGCAGUCCCUGAAGCUAUAGCCUUUGACAUGGUGGAGCUCAACUACUGGGAUCGGGACCUGUGGGUGUGCAUGCUCUCCGCCGAGCAGAAAUCCAGCUUCAUGAUGUUCUAUCGUGACGUGAAGGACUGGUGGCUUUUUGGCUUCUACUUCUGCCUCCCCUUGGUCUGCACCGGCAUCUUCUACACCCUCAUGUCUUGUGAGAUGUUGAGCAAGAGAAAUGGAAUGAGAAUUGCUCUGAAUGACCACAUGAAACGGCGCCGGGAGGUGGCCAAGACAGUGUUCUGCCUAGUGGUGAUCUUCGCACUCUGCUGGCUGCCGCUCCACCUCAGCCGCAUCCUGAAAAAGACCAUCUAUGACCAGAUGGACCCCAACAGAUGUGAACUGCUCAGUUUCCUCCUCGUGAUGGAUUACUUUGGGAUCAACAUGGCCUCCCUCAAUUCCUGUAUCAAUCCUGUGGCUCUCUACUUUGUCAGCCGGAAAUUCAAGAACUGCUUCCAGUCUUGUCUGUGCUGCUGGUGCCAGAGACCAGCUCUGAGCAUCACGCCAACGGAUGAGAAGGGCUCUCUUGGGAAAUGGAAAACCAAUGGGCAGGAGCUUGGCCUGGACCGUAGCAGCUCCCGCUUGAGUAACAAGUACAGCUCUUCCUAAAGAUGGGCUGCCCACAGGGCAGGGACGAGAAGGGACUGUGACAACAUGGCAGGACAUCUCCAUUUCUCUUGCCCAGCCAUUUCCUGGCUGGGCCUGAAUCGUUCUUGCCUUCCUGUUAUAACCCGCCUGGAAGGAGCUGCAGCAAUUCACUGACCCCAGGACUAGCUCUGAAUAUGGCCUCCGAGCCCCACUUGUCCAUCAUCUGGUUCAAGUUGCCUCUGAGGGAGAGGGAAGAAGGGGAUUUGAAUCUGUUGUAGGGGUUUUCAUUUCCCUGUAGGAAAACCAAGCAACUUAACA